UUCAUGCAUGCCACUGUCAGCUGAUCAUUGAAAACAAAAAUUUUAUUUGGAUAGCAAUUUUUAAGCUUUGCAAUAUGCCCACAGAAAUUGAAAAUAUUAACCCCAGUGUUUACACCAAGUCAAAAGAACGGGUGGUCACCAAAGACGAAACGGAUGAAAACAUUCCCGAUCCAUUCGAUGAGAGAGAAGUUUUUGAUUUAAUACGCAAUAUAAAUGAUCCGGAACAUCCGCUAACACUGGAGGAGCUUCAUGUUGUACAACAAGAUUUGAUUAAAGUGAACGAUAAAGGCAAUACAGUUUUUAUUAAUUUCACACCUACAAUUCCUCAUUGUUCUAUGGCCACCUUAAUUGGCUUGUCCAUUAGAGUAAAACUGUUGAGAUCAUUGCCACCACGCUUUAAGGUUACAGUUGAAAUCACCCCAGGAACACAUGCCUCCGAGAAUGCAGUCAACAAGCAAUUGGCCGAUAAGGAGCGAGUAGCAGCGGCUUUAGAAAACAAGCAUUUGGCAGAGGUUAUUAAUCAAUGUAUUGCUUUAAAAAACGUUGAUGCGGCAUAACUGUAAGAUUUAAAUCGUACGGGUUCAUUUUUAGAGUAUAGUUUCUAAUAAAAAUUUUAAUCAACAUCCAUUUGGUUUGCCAAAAUGUGGUGAAAUAUUUA